ACUCGCGCCUGGAAACAGACUACGAGCAGAGCUGGUGCCGCUUAGUUAAGCUUAGCUGCCUGAUUGGUCGGCGGACACAAAAGGAGAAUAUCUGGGAUUUCUUCAUAAAGCUUUAAACGGACACAUCUUUUCUUCGUAUUGUUGCAUUUAAAAAGAUUCAGAGAUGGCCCAGGAGACCAACCAAAGCCCAGUGCCCAUGCUCUGCACUACCGGCUGUGGCUUCUAUGGCAACCCCAGGACCAAUGGCAUGUGUUCUGUGUGUUAUAAGGAGCACCUGACAAGACAGAACAAUGGAGGUGUGAGUCCUCUUAGCACCAUGGGUUCUAGCAGUGCAACGAGUAGUCCUACCUCAGAGGCCUCUGCUAUCCAGAUUAUUGAGGCCAGUCUAAACAGUUCUGCAAGUGAAGUUGACUCAUCCAGUGGAGCUGCUGCAGCCCUUCCUGUUACACAGCAGAUGACCGAGAUGAGCAUCUCCUGUAAGGAGGAAGCCCCAUCGUCUAAAGUAGAAACUCACAAACCAGUUGUAACUCAGCCAACGGGUUCUACUUCAUCGGCUAGCACAGCCGUGGUCGAGGAGACCCAAGCUCCCGAAGUCCCCAAACCGAAGAAGAACCGGUGCUUCAUGUGUCGUAAGAAAGUCGGCCUCACAGGGUUCGACUGUCGCUGUGGAAAUCUGUUCUGUGGACUGCACCGCUACUCAGACAAGCACAACUGCCCCUACGAUUAUAAAGCUGAAGCUGCUGCCAAGAUCCGAAAAGAGAAUCCUGUAGUGGUCGCUGACAAGAUCCAGAGAAUAUAGAUCCCCCCUCUUUCUUUCACCGUUGACCCUGGAUUCUAGAUCAUCAAGGGGGGAAAGGACUCGUGAUUGACCUGCGAUCUAAAGGACUAAUUUUUUAAGUGGGGGGGGUGUUUUUCAGCCAGUGCAUGAGUGAUUUCUUUUUUUUUUCCUGUUUUCACCUUUUUUUCCCCUUGUCUUUGGAUGAGCUUCAGUUUAAAAGGGGGUGGGGAAAGAAUAGUUUAAUUGGGUUACAGACUCAGAGAUCUUACAUCUUAUCUGAUUCUGGGUAAAGUCAUUCUUGUGUUGAAAAAGCUGAGGGUCUUUUGUAGUUGUCCAGGUUUACUUUGUGAUUGUGUCUCAGUCCAUUCGUUACACUGUGGCAGAUGGACCCGUGGCAGUCUGUUGGACUUCAGAUGACUGUUAUUGCUCUCACCUGAGCACCAUCAAGGGAGCAGUGCAUGGCUGGCUCAUGUAGCAAAAGGGGGUGGGGGUGUCCCCUUUUCCUGUGGGUUAAAGAUUUUACAUUUUAAAAUGAGCUGUUGUCUCCCAGCUAUUUAGUUGGCCUUUACUGCGGUAGCUUACCUGCGCAAGCCCUCAGAAGUCCAAUUAUCAGGACCAGAAGUGUCUCCAUGCUCCUUGGGGUGGGGGUUAUAAUCUACAGAAAGGUCCAACACUCUGUCCAGAUCGAGUGGCCAGAUCAGUUUCAGGUUGUUUCAGUGUGACAUUGAUUGUUGUGGUAAACAAAUAAAUGUUAACUGCUACGUAGGUUUCUCCCAAUCAUAAUAAACCAGAAUAGGCUUGAGUCACACCAGUGUUUAGGCACCUGUCCCAUAGAUUUAUAUGGCAUCUUUUCUGAAAGCAGGCUCAGAUUGAGUUGUGCUGUUUUGGUGAGAAGGGUUCUAAGUAUAUUGCAUGGUUAGUGAAAUAACUACUGUGUACAUUAGCUGAGUCCUUUUUUUUUUUUUUUAAGUUGG